UCAUCACACAGGAUCCUCCGGGAGUAAAUCCAAAUACACAAAAUAUACAUCACAGACCUUCCUGUCCGGAGACAUCAAUGGAUCCCUCUGAUCAGGGGGAAUCUUCCCAUCAAUCAAAUACUAUGAUUGUAAAUAUCCAUGUAUCUCACAAUGCAGAUAGAUCAACAGAUCCUUCUAAUCUCAAGGAAACUUCCUUAACCCAUGAAGGGGUGCACAGAGUUGAGAAUCUAUUCUCAUGUUCAGAGUGCGGGAAAUCUUUCACUCAGAAAGGAAACCUUUUUUCACAUCAGAGAAUUCACAUGGGUGAGCGUCCCUAUUCAUGUUCAGAGUGUGGGAAAUCAUUUCAUAAGAAAGAUAACCUUGUUAAACAUCUGAGAAUUCACUUAGUUCAGCGUCCUCAUUCAUGUUCAGAGUGCGGGAAAUCUUUCACUCAGAAAGGAGGCCUUGUUAAUCAUUUCAAAAUUCACACAGGUGAGCGCCCCUAUUCAUGUUCAGAGUGCGGGAAGUCUUUCCUUAAGAAAGAUGGCCUUGUUAGACACCAGAGAAUUCACACGGGGGAGCGUCCUCAUUCAUGUUCCGAGUGUGGGAAAUCUUUCCGUAAGAAAGAUAAUCUUGUUAAACAUCAAAGAGUUCACAUGGAUAUGCAUCCUUCAUGUUCAAAGUCAGAGAAAUCUUUCAAUCAUGAAGAAUUGCUCGUUAAAAAUCAGAGAAUUUGUAUAGGUGAGAGUCCUUAUUCAUGUUCAGAGUGCGGGAAAUCUUUCACUCAGAAAGGAAAUCUUGUUCAACACCAAAGAAGUCACAUGGGUGAGCGUCCUUACUCAUGUUCAGAGUGUGGGAAAUCUUUCAUGAGGAACGAUCAUCUUGUUACCCAUCAGAGAAUUCACACGGGUGAGCGUCCUUUUUCAUGUUCAGAGUGUGGGAAAUCGUUCACUCAUAAAAGAUACCUUGUUGAACAUCACAGAAUUCACAAGGGUGAGCGUCCUUAUUCAUGUUCACAGUGUGGGAAAUCUUUCAUUCAAAAAGGAGACCUUGUCAAACAUCAGAGGAUUCACACAGGUGAGCGUCCUUAUUCAUGUUUAGAGUGCGGGAAAUGUUUCACUCAUAAAGGAGGCCUUGUAAAACAUCAGAGAAUUCACACGGGUGAGCGUCCUUAUUUAUGUUCAGAGUGUGGGAAAUCUUUCUCUCAUAAAGAAGUCCUUGUUGAACAUCAGAGAAUUCACACAGGUGAGCGUCCUUAUUCAUGUUCACACUGUGGGAAAUCUUUCAAUCAUAAGGGAGACCUUGUUAAACAUCAGAGAAUUCAUACGGGGGAGCAUCCCUAUUCUUGUUCAGAGUGCGGAAGAUCUUUUAUUUUUAAAGGAAACCUUGUGCAACAUCAGAGAAUUCACACAGGUGAGCAACCCUAUUUAUGUUCAGAGUGUGGGAAAUCUUUCACUCGUAAAGGAGACCUUGUUAAACAUCAGAGAGUUCACUUGCGUGAGCGUCCUUUUUCAUGUUCAGUGUGUGAAAAGUCUUUCUCUCAUAAAGAAUACCUUGCUAAACAUCAGAGAAUUCACACAGGCGAGCGUCCUUAUUCAUGUUCAGAGUGUGGGAAAUCUUUCCUUAGGAAAGAUAAUCUUGUAAAACACCAAAAUCAAUGUAGUGUGGCUGGUGGGAGGAGAGCUGUCGGAGAAUGUAGUGUGGAUGGUGGAGGAGAGCUGUCGGAGAAUGUAGUGUGGAUGGUGGGAGAAGAGCUGUCGGAAGAAUGUAGUGUGGAUGGUGGAGGAGAACUGUUGGAGAAUGUAGUGUGGAUGGUUGAGGAGAGCUGUCGGAAGAUGUUAUCUUACAAUGACAUUACUCUCAGGCUUUUCCUAUUAUAUCGAGUGGAAAACAGAGACAGGAAAAGUGUGAUUGUAGAGACACAGGAAGGUGAAGAACUGAAAGACAUCAAAAUUGAGGUUAAAGUUGAAAAUGAAGAGAUGUUUGGGGAUCAGCAGUCUAUGGGAGAGGGAGGUCCUCUGUAUUCCCAGGAUUCCACACAGGGAGAUCACAACAUCCCUCACUAUCAUCAGGAUCUCACACUGCAGGUAGAUCAACAGAUCCUUCCAUUCCCAGGGAAACUUUCUUACCCCAUGAAGGAGUUCACAGAGGUGAGAAUCUAUUCUCAUGUUCAGAGUGUGGGAAAUCUUUCACUCAGAAAAGAAACCUUAUUCAACACCAAAAAAGUCACAUGGCUGAGCGUCCUUAUUCAUGUUCAGAGUGCGGGAAAUCUUUCCUCAGGAACGAUCAUCUUGUUAGCCAUCAGAGAAUUCACACAGUGUGGGAAAUGUUUCACUCAUAAAGGAGACCUUGUUAAACAUCAGAGAAUUCACACAGUUUCUUGA